AUGUGCUCAAUCGGAGUAUUGGGUCUCUCUUCUCCGCCGAAAUUCCAUCAUCGCCGGUAUAAAGCACAGAUUUUUACUCCGACCCAUUUGCGUAAUCCAAAUGGGUUUCCAUUUCGAUUGAGAAAUUCCAAACCUUUCGCUUCUAAACUCUCCAAAUCCGUCAAUUUCGCUUCACCUUCUUCACAUCUCCCUCUUAUACUCUCUUCGAGGUCCCUUCCUUCCAAUGAUUUCGUCAAGAUUCUCGCGAGAAAAGCUGCGAUUUUGCUCCUUGGGUCGUUUUUGUUUCUAGGUUUCUUCUGUUCUUCGAAGCCUGUUUUAGCUCUACCAACUGCAACAACUGUGAGCUCUCAAGCGGAGUUAGAGGAAGAGGAAAUGUUCGAGAAGCUUCUAGAGAAUGAGCCAGAGAACAUGGAAGCAAUGAAAGCUGUUUUGUAUAAGAAGAUGAGGAGAGGGAAAACUGAAGAUGCUGUGAAAUAUGUUGAGAAGCUAAUGAAAUUAGAGCCUCAUGAUGUUGAAUGGAAGCUUUUGGAAGCGUUUUGUUAUGAGACAAUGGGACAAUUGAGCAAAGCUAAGAGAUUGUUUAAGGACAUUCUCGAAGAGCAACCUCUUUUGAUCCGAGCUUUGCACGGUCUUGCUAUGGUAAUGCACAAGAGUCAUGAUUCCUCUGUCUUUGAUAUGCUCAAGGAAGCUAUGGAAGUUGCUCGACAAGGAAACCGAGUAACCGAGGAGAGAAACAUACAAGUCUUGAUCGGCCAAAUGCAUAUUGUGAAGGGUCAGUUUGAAGAAGGUCUAAAGAUAUUUCAACAGAUGGUUAAAGAUAACCCUCGAGAUUUCCGACCUUACCUUUGCCAGGGCAUUGUGUAUAGCUUAAUGGACAAAAAAGAGGAAGCAGCUCAACAGUUUGAGAUCUAUUGGAGUCUUGUACCUGAAGAAUUCCCACAAAAAGGAUUUCUUGAUGAUGUUGCAUUGUCUGCUCAAGCCAAAUCCCGAGAACGACUUCAAAACACAUUCAAAGUUUUGCUCCUGGGAGUAACAUGGCAUUUGGUUAUAAAGAACAUCGGGUCAGAGAUGGCUCCUCUUACUCUCUCUGUUGAUGUAAAGAGCUCUUCAGCUAGUGUUUCUGAUGUUUCGAAUAAGAUUAACAAAGGCUUUGCUUCAGUCAAUACGCAAGAAGAAAAGCCCUUUGGUUUCUUCCGCACUCUCUUUGAGGGAUUUAUAGCAGGAGGUACAGCUGGAGUUGUAGUUGAAACAGCUUUGUACCCGAUYGAUACAAUAAAGACUAGACUUCAGGCAGCUCGUGGAGGUGGGAAAAUUGUUUUGAAGGGUCUYUAUUCAGGAUUAGCUGGAAAUAUCGCUGGCGUUUUAUCGGCUUCGGCUUUAUUCAUUGGKGUUUAUGAACCCACAAAGCAGAAACUGCUGAAGACCUUUCCUGAUCAUUUAAGUGCAGUUGCUCACCUGACUGCAGGGGCCAUCGGUGGACUUGCUGCCUCUCUGAUUCGAGUGCCUACAGAGGUUGUGAAGCAAAGAAUGCAGACUGGACAGUUUACAUCAGCCCCCAACGCUGUUCGACUUAUUGCAUCAAAAGAGGGAUUUAGGGGUCUCUAUGCAGGCUAUAGAUCGUUCCUAUUGCGAGAUUUGGCGUUUGAUGCUAUUCAGUUCUGCAUAUAUGAGCAGCUAUGCUUGGGGUAUAAAAAAGCAGCACGUAGAGAGCUUAGUGAUCCUGAGAAUGCUUUAAUCGGUGCAUUUGCUGGUGCUCUGACUGGAGCAGUCACCACUCCGCUUGAUGUUAUCAAGACAAGAUUAAUGGUUCAGGUAAUACAAGUGUUUUUCACACCUUUUGCCAAACAAUAUCAAGGAAUCAUUAACUGUGUUCAAACAAUUGUCAGAGAGGAAGGAGCUCCUGCUCUUUUAAAGGGUAUUGGACCAAGAGUGUUGUGGAUUGGUAUUGGAGAUUCAAUCAUCUUUGGUGUCCUCGAGAGCACAAAGAGAACACUCGCGCAGAGACGCCCCAAGACGAUCAAAGAGUCGAAAGAGGAAUAA